UGGGUCUGAGGGAAGGGGGAAGGUUCUUGGUGGGAAACCUCGUUGCCAUGGCGGCUGGUGUCAGACCUGCAGUCGGGCUGCGGAGCCUCGCCGUCCUGAGCCGGAGGCUGUGUCCCGGAGAGGUGCUGAUCGCCUUGGGCCACCAACACCGGCCCAGCUCCUCCGCCUCGGCGACACCGCACCGCCGCCAUCCAGGUAUCAGUGCCCUCGGCGCCCUCCGCCUGCCCGAGGCGCUGCGUCAAGCCGCGCAGCUCCGGCUGGACGCAAACCCCAUCAACUGCCUUGAGGAGAACGCCAGAGACCUCACCAACUUCCUGUGGAGCCGCCAGCGGGCAGUUGAGGACGUUGAACUACGCGCCAGAGCUCGGGGACUGGCAAAGAAGUUCCAGGAGGAUACUGAAUGCGAUGAAAUCGACCAGGAUUCCCGGGAACUCCAGGCAGGCGAAGAGGAGCGUCAGGAGCGGCUCCGACAUCAGGUGCUGGCUGAACUCCGUAGGACCAUUCCUCGAUGGAAGGCAGUCAGCUACGACGCACGUCUGAGUCACGUGUACCUGGCAGCUCGUCUCGAUGGCGGAUACGCGGCUGUGACACGGGUUCUGCACGAGAUUAAGAAGCGAGUCCCUGAGUUUGAGCCCAGUACGCUCCUGGACUUUGGAUCGGGCACUGGAACAGUUGCCUGGGCAGGGCGCAGAGCCUGGGGCGCAUCCCUCCGCGAGAUUGUCUGUGUGGACACCUCCCCACCCAUGCAUCAGCUGGCCGGCUUCCUGAUGAGAGGGGGUAGCGAUGUGGAGACAGAGCACAGCAGGGGCGUCUACUUCCGGCACUUCCUCCCUGUCUCGCCCAAGGUGAAGUUUGAUCUGGUUGUGUCUGCCUACUCCCUGUCCGAGCUGCCUACCUGUGCGGACCGCUGCCGUGUGCUCGAGACCCUGUGGAGGAAGACGCAGGGCUUUCUGGUGCUGAUCGAGAACGGGACCCGAGAUGGCCACCAGAUUCUGAUGGAGGCUCGCAACCUCGUCCUGACGGCAGAUGGAGAGCCUUUCGGUCAUGUCUUUGCCCCGUGUUCCCACGACCUGGCAUGUCCCAAACUGGCAGGCAGUGUCCCACAGCCAUGUAACUUCAGUCAAGCUUACCAUCCACUGCCAUUCUCCUGGAACCCUGGUGUGAAACGGGAACUCUUCUCUUACCUGGUGCUGAGACGAGGUGCACGCAUGGAGGGGGGAGACUGGCCCCGGGUAAUCCGCCCCGUCCUGUGCCGUCCGCGGCAUGUCCACACCCACCUCUGCUGUCCUGAUGGAACACUGCAGCACUUGGUGCUCACGUCCCGCAAAAGCGGCAGGGAUCGCUACCGAUGGGCCCGCAACUGCUCAUGGGGAGAUCGCCUGCCCACGCCCUCCAGUGAGGUCACCGCAGCAGAUGGGAGCCAGGUCGCUAGCGGUGUCUCCGGGACAGAACCCUGAGGCGCUGCCAUUGCUCACCUUCAGAACUUCACCUUCCGCCGAUGGAGUGGGGGCUCAAAGCCAUGUUGGAUACGGCCCUGUCGGAGACUUGACGGGAGAGGGGGUGCUGGCCCUCCAACUGGAACUCCUCCACAACAAGGGAACGUCCCAGUCUGUACGUGUGGCCGUCUUCUGGGAGCCCGGAGGGUGCAGGGACCCAGAUCCUGGUUUACAUGGCAGGUUGGAAGACACUAUUUGUUUAGAUAAAAGACUUUCUGUGAUUUAACAUUGAAUUCUUGGUGAGUGUUUGGAAUCUUCUUCCUCAAAGUUGAGGAAGAAGUCCUGGGAGAGAGACAACUGGAAUUGAUGACCUCGUCCAGUGGAGAUGAUUCCUGGCAUUGCACCAGAGCAGCUACAGGGGAUGUUGCAUGACAGUACAGCCCAAUAUUGCCAUCGAGUUUAUAGAUGGGGUUAUACAGCAGGGAAACAAACCUUUCGGCCCUGCUCAUCCAUCACCGACUAAGGUGUCCAUCUGCACCAUUUCUAUUUAUCAAUAUGUGGCCCAGGUCAUUGCACACAGUACUCUCAGUGCAGUCUCACCAAUAUCUCAUACAGCUUUACAGCAUCCGCACUCCUUUGCAAUAAAGGUGAGCAUGGCAUCCACAGACUUCCUCUGUCACCUCUUCCAGGGGCCUUGGCUCCUGUGCCCCCCAGGAUCUGUGUUCUACACCAGGGCCCUCACACCGUGCAGUCUUGGCACCAGUAACACACACACACAAACUGCUGCAGGAACUCAGCAGAUCAGGCACCAACUAUGGAGGGGCAUAAACAGUCUACGCUUUGCGUCGAGAUGCUUCAUAAUGCGGUUCACCAAGUAUAUUCACUAUCUAGUAAGAAGCUGCAGAAUUCUCCACACGAUCUGGGGGUCGGAUCGUUUUGAUCCGAAGCAGCUGUGGAACACAUAGAACAAUUAAUGGCUUAAGAAAUGCCUAGACUCGUAAACAUGGAAGGAUAUUGGCCAUACGCGGUCAGGAGCGAUUGGUUUAAUUAGGCGUCACUAGUUCGGCACAACAUCAAGGGGCUGAGGGGUCUGUUCCUGUUGUGUGGUUCUAUGUGUAUUUGAGGGGUGUUAGCUUGUGCCUCGGGGUGAUGAGACACCUCAUCGAGAAGGCAGCGGCAAUGGCAGUUGGCUUAUUGAGGGGUGUAGUGUUAACAUGUCAGGAGCAGUUCAGAGAAAGUUUACCUGACCGUUCCCUGGGGCGAGUAGGUUAUCUCACGAGGAGAGGUUGAACAGGUUGCGACUCUGUCCAUUUUGGAAAAGGAGAGGGACCUGACUGAGACAUGUCUCAUUCUUGGGAAUGCGGAUAGGGAGGAGGGCAGGCAUAUUGAAAGAGUAGGAAUGGGGAAGGUGUUUCCACCUUUGGGAGGAUCUAGAAACACAGAUCAUGUAGAGGGUCAUCCAACUACCGCAGGGAGGGGAAGAAUUUAUUCCACACAGUGAAAAACUGUAGGUCGAUUUUUUUUUUCAAUUUAUUUAUGCUUCCUUCUUUAUGAUCAGAGCAGUAGGGAUGCCAGAAGGGAUACUUAAAUGCUGCUGUUGCAGGAUAUGAGAAGGCAGGGAGAUCUCCCGUGCCUCCGUCGGCUUCACCUGCAAGAAGUACAUCCAGCUGCAACUUCUAACCGACCGCGUUGAGUAGUUGGAGCUGGAGCUGGAUGAACUCCGAAUCAUUCAGAAGGCCUGGGGGUGGAGGCUGGUAGGCAGGACUUACAGACAGAUAGCUACACCCAAAGUGCAGGGGACACGCAACUAGGUGAUAGGAGGGUGAAAGGGGUUAAACUGCUGGUGCAGAGUACCCCUGUGGCUAACCCCCUCAACAAUAGAUGUAGCACUUUGGAUAUGUGUGUGUGUGUGAGAUGACAUUGCAGAGUGCAGAGGAACCUCACAACGGUGAAGAGUCUCUACUUCUGGAUAAGAAAGGAAUGGGGAGAAGAGGUGAGCUUUGUUGAUAAGGAUUCGUUAUUUAGGGGAAUAGAAAUGAGGUUCAGUGGACGAGAACGAGAAUCCCGAAUGAUUACCUGCCUGGGUCUGGGACAUAUUGUAUCGAGUCCUCAGAAUUCUUAACUGAGAAGGUUAACAGUCAGGUGCCCUGGUUCAUAUAAGUACAAUAACAUGGGUAGGAAGAGAGAUGAGGUUCUGUAUCGUGAGUUCCAGGAGUUGGAUACUAAGUUAUUGGAAGGACCUCCAGGGUGAUGAUCUAUCUCUCACUCACUCCUGUUCGUCUCACUCUCACAUGCCCUGCUUGUCCUCUCCCGCACACUUCCCUCUCCCCUGUGCUUUCCCCUCUCACCCUUCCUGUUCCCCUCCCCUCCCUUUCCUCUCCUCCUUCCUCACCCCUACGUCUUUGCUUUCCCAAUCUCUUCCUCUACCCUUCCCUAUCUCGUUUGCACUGCUUCUAUUUCCAUUUCCCCUCCAUUAACCUACCCCUUUUCUCCUCCUCACUCUCACAACCACCUCUCACUCCCUUCUGCCCCCGACCUCCUGCCCUUCCCUCAUUUCUCCCUCUCCUCCAUUGCACGGUGCCCAAGGUAGAGACGACACACUUCCCUCGCUCCCGCAUAACUUCUGGCGCCCUUGGACCAGUCCUGCAGCUGCUCUCAUACUGUCAUAGGGUAGCAAUGUGGGUAGAGUUAACUUCCCUCCAGCCCCUUCCAGACCACGGAAAUCUCCUGCUGAAGGCCUGUGAGGCUAUUCGGAGGGGCCAGAGGAUGGGAUGAGAUGGGAAAUUAGUCUGGGGAAGAGGCUAGGCUCUCCACUGAGCCACUGGCAGAUGUCUGUCAUCGAAUCUGAUUUUCUCUGUAGGGGUCAGGGUACAGAAUGUGAACGGAUUAACACAUUAACUGGUUUAUUUUCCUGUGUUGGGAGAGUGGUGGGGUGGUUGGUUUCCUUCUCCAGGUAAGUGUAAGGGUUAUCUCAUUUGUGCUCCAGGCGCCCGUGCUGUGUUCUCAAUUCCCCAAUCGCUCCUUUUUCAUGAGUCCCCUCUCCAAUCGCUCCAUCCACCCUCUGCAGCCACCCCACCUUGGCCCCUCCCUCCCUCUCUCCUUCUCCAGCCCAGGAAUCUGGGUCUCGAGCGAAUGGCUUGGUAGGAGUCUUUAAUAAUUCAGUGUCAGCGAAGGGUGGGGCUGUUUUGAUGAAGGCAUAGGUGGCUAUUUUAGUAAGGGCACUUGCAGCCUCAAUGAUGGUGAAAGACAGCCAAUCUGAUGAUGCGGUGAUGGGACACUUUGAUGAAGGCAUA